CCCAACAUGCAGCUCAUCCGCGCCGCCCACUCUUCCUCCACUCCUUCCAGACAUCCUACCGAAACCUUCACCGGGACGGUGCACAUGGACCCGAUCUUCAAAGCAUCCGACUGCAUGGGCAACAACGUCUGCUUCACACCCGGUGCACGCACAUUCUGGCACACUCACGAGCGCGGCCAGAUACUGACGGUGACGAUGGGAUCCGGACUGAUCUGCUCGAAAGGCGAGAAGCCGAGGCGAUUGAUGGUAGGCGACGUGGUGCAUAUUCCUGCGGGAGAGACGCAUUUGCAUGGAGCGGGGAAAGAUACUGUGAUGGGCCAUAUGGCGAUUUCACUUGGU